UUCAUUUAUAGCUGCUGCAGCACCUCUUUCCCCAGCAGCUUCUCCUUUGCUUUUCCCUUUUUCUUACAGAUUUCCUUUACUGAGCACCUUUCCUAUUCAUUCCCUGUCCAGCUUUUGUUCCAUCUUCCCAGUUCCCGGGUUCUUCCUACCCAUCUGGAAAUGCUGUGCUUGGAAUAAUGGACCUGCCAGAAGUCUGUGUUUCGGAAUCGCUGUCCUACCACAACCAGUUCCUGGUCAGGCUGACUGCUGAUGAGCGCCUCCUUACAACUGGAUGCUUCAUUAAGCGGGAACCAUGCAGCCCAUCCUCCCUUGCAGGAUUUGGAAAUCACCACAGUCCCAGUGGAUCAUCUGAUACCAGUGGAGGCUACAAUCCAACGUUCCAAGGGACACUUAGUGGCUUGGAAUCCCCUUCCAUGACUAGAAACCAUAAACCUUUUGAAAUACGUGAUGAGACAGAGUCUCCUGCUAAGGCUGACUAUACUGUGAGUGUAGCACCCAAACGUCUGUGCCUGGUUUGUGGAGAUGUGGCCUCUGGGUAUCAUUAUGGUGUGGCAUCAUGUGAGGCCUGUAAAGCCUUCUUCAAACGUACCAUCCAAGGUAAUAUUGAAUACAGUUGUCCAGCAUCCAGGCAGUGUGAGAUCACUAAGCGGAGAAGAAAAUCCUGCCAGUCCUGCCGCUUUGCCAAGUGCCUGAAAGUUGGAAUGCUAAAGGAAGGAGUACGUUUGGACCGAGUCAGAGGUGGGAGGCAGAAAUACAAAAGGCGCAUGGAAUCAGAGAAUAGCGGAGUACAUGGAAUACAGAUUCAUCCAAGUCCAAAAAAGGCUUAUACAAAGAUUGUGUCCAACCUCCUUUUGGCAGAACCAGAAAAGAUCUAUGCUAUGCCUGACCCCACAGUCCCUGACAGUGAUAUUAAGACUCUGACAACAUUGUGUGACCUAGCAGACCGUGAACUGGUGGUCAUUAUUGGUUGGGCCAAACAUAUUCCAGGGUUUUCUUCACUUUCCCUGGGAGACCAGAUGAGCUUGCUGCAGGGAGCCUGGAUGGAAAUUCUGCUUCUAGGAGUUGUAUUUCGCUCACUACCUUACCAGGAGGGGUUAGUGUAUGCCGAAGACUAUAUAAUGGAUGAGGUGCAGUCACGCAUGAGCGGCUUGCGAGAUCUCUACCUAUGUAUACUACAGUUAGUCCAAAGGUACCGUAAACUGCACAUGGACAAGGAGGAAUAUGUGACACUGAAAGCACUAGCACUUGCAAACUCAGAUGCAGUGCAUAUAGAAGACAUACAGAGUAUUCAAAAGCUACAGGACGUUCUGCAAGAGGCUCUGCAGGAACAUGAGAGCAGUCAACACUGGGAAGAGCCUCAGAGAGCUGGCCAGCUUCUGCUCACUCUCCCCCUCCUGAGGCAAACAGCCAGCCGAGUUGUACAACAUUUCCAUGCUAUACGGGCACAGGGCAGGGUACCCAUGCACAAACUCUUUCUGGAGAUGCUAGAGGCCAAAGUGUGACUUGGACACUAUUUGUACAGAACAGACAUGCUCCUACCACCCACUGCAGUCUUGCUAACCUUGCAAUGUUCUAAAGCACCAACAGUGCUCUGCAGAAGGCAGGAGACUGUCAAGCAACAACAGGGAAUAUGAACCAGGUCCACUCUCACACUGCGCAUAGGACUUGGCAAAAGACUGUAAAUGGAGCAAACUCUCUUUUCUUGUGACAGGGCUAUUGCAAAAAGACUUUAGGAAAUAAAAAAAAACUAUAAAGCCCAUCAGAAUUUAGGAGCUAUAAUAUGUAACUUUCAGGCUCCUUUUUGUUUUGGAUACAAUUCUAGACACCAAUUAUUGCCCUUCUAGAGACAGUGCAUAUUAGAGACAAACAGAACACCACUAGGUUCAUGUAAAGGCUACAUGGUACCUAAAAGCUAACUUCUCUAAAACUGGUUACCACUGAAACAUACAGCUCUUCUGAACCUUUGCCGAGUCUCUCUGACCAUAGUGUAAAGAUAUGGGGCAUACCUCCUGAUCCAGGUACCUGAUUGCAACUGUCUAUAUUUUAAGGUCCUUCUGUG